AUGGCCAGCAUGAAACUCCGCCCCUACUUCCUAGCUCACAGACUAGUGAUUUAUAUAGAUCAGCCGUUGAAGCUACCGUUCACAAAAUUAGAGGCAUCAGGCAGCUUGUUGAACUUGGCCAUUGAAUUAAAUGCGUUUGAUAUUACUUAUGAAUCGAGGAAGGCCAUCAAAGGGCAGGCAUUAGCAGAUUUUAUUGUGGAAAUGACAAGGCAUGUCUUCUCUGGGAAUACAAAAAUUGUGUGGACAGUCUUUGUGGACGGAUCAUCCACACAAAACGGGUGUGGAGCUGGUAUAAUAUGUCAGUCACAUGAGGGGGAUACGUUUGAAUAUGAAAUGCUCUUUAAUUUCCAGGCGUCCAACAAUGAGGCCGAGUACGAGGCCCUACUUAGCGGCAUCAAAAUGUGCAAGGCGGCAGGAGCCGAGGAGAUUCUGGGACUAUCUGAUUCUCAACUUAUUGUGAGUCAAGUUAAUGGAAAUUAUGAGGCAAGAGACCCAACAAUGAUAAAAUAUAUGAAGGUCGUCCACCAAGAAGUAGAAAAUCUGAAGAGUUUUGAAGUAAGGCAGGUCCCUCGGUCAGAGAACAAUCAAGCUGACGCGUUGUCCAAAUUAGCCAGCUCCGCAUCUUGUGACACCCCCUGGCAUGUAUUUUGGGAGGUAAAAACCCGGAAAAGUAUUGAGCAGCUUGAAGCGGUAGUUCUAGACAGAACGUCCACCUGGAUGGACGAUAUAAUUAACUUCAAGAUGAAUGGAGUCCUACUAGAUGACCCAAAACAGGCGGCAAAGGUCCAGAAAAAAUGUCCCUGGUUUGAAAUGUGGAAUGGAACACUGUACAAAAAGGCCUACUCCCGUCCUCUACUACGAUGUGUGACGCUUGAUAAAGGACAAGAGAUCCUAGAGGACAUUCACCAAGAUUUGUGUAGUUCGCACAUUGGGGGAAGGGCCUUAGCUGAAAAGGCACUUCGAAUUGGCUAUUAUUGGCCAAAUCUGAAGGAUGAUGCACUUUCACUGGUUAAAAGUUGCAACAAAUGCCAGCACUUUUCCCAUCUGAUACACCGGCCGGCCCAGAUUAUGACACCCAUCACAAGCCCAAUACCCUUUGCUAAGUGGGGAAUGGAUCUCCUAGGCCAAUACACCACCGCGCCGGGAGGGAGGCGCUAUGUCAUUGUUGUUAUUGAUUAUUUCACCAAGUGGGUGGAAGCGGAAGAAUUAAUGAACAUCAAAACCUAUGAUGUGAAGGCAUUCAUAUGGAAAAACAUCAUCACCCGGUUUAGAGUGCCGCAACCGAUCAUCUUUGACAAUGGACCACAGUUUGAGACACCGAAACUCAAGGAUUGGGGCUUACAGUUGGUGCAAGAUGAUACUGAUUUCAAUUCUCCUAAAAUGUUUCUUCUCCUUGAUUUAAGCCCUUCUGUCCCUAGUGAACUUUGUAGGAAUGAAAGACCAUUUGUCUACGAGUUGGUCCUUGGAUAA